AGCUUCUUGUGACCAGAAUAAUGUGCUCGAGAACUUCGCCAUCAGUACCGUAUGAUGGAAUGAAUACUGUGAAUGGGAUUUAUCAUCUUUGAUGUGUUCUCGGUGCCGCCGGAGGAUCAUACACACGAUUGAAUGAUGAAGGGAGCGGGCGAAGGAUGGGUACAUGUUGAGCGCCACUGGAGGGUCAAAAGGAAGAUUUAUCCCCCCAACUCUUAUCACAUUGAAAUGUUCAGGCAAUCGGAAACUAUAAAAAACAAACCACUACUGCCCCGACUCUGCAACUAGAGCUCGUACACCAUGAUGGACAUCGAAGCUUUCCGCAAAGCAGGAUAUGAAGCCAUUGACAAUAUUUGCAAUUAUUACAAAUCCCUUGAAUCACGACCUGUAGUAGCCCAAGUUAAGCCAGGGUACCUCGUCAAUGCUCUACCCCAUCAGGCUCCUGAAUUUGGGGAAGACAUCAAAGAUAUUUCGGACGAUUUUCAAAAGCUCAUCGUUCCAGGACUUACCCACUGGAAGCAUCCUGAGUUCUUUGCCUACUUCCCUUGCGGUAAUACAUUUCCAGGAAUCAUAGCAGACCUGUACUCGAGUUCUGUCUCAAACCCCUGCUUCAACUGGGUCAGCUCCCCGGCAUGUACAGAGCUCGAACAAGUCGUCAUGGACUGGGCCGCUAACCUGCUCGGACUCUCGCCUGCAUUCCUCAACACCCCUCGAGCCCCACUCCCAUUAUCUACUCACUCUUCCCCAUGCUCUUCACCGGGACCCGAAGGCAGGAGGUCCACUACCAGAGGCGGGGGGAUCAUUCAAAACACCGCCUCUGAAAGCGUUCUUGUGGCAACCAUCGCUGCCCGCGAGAGAUUCCUUUCCGCUCACCCUGACGUCCCCUCCGAAUGCCUCCUUAUCUAUCUUAGUACCCAAACGCACAGUUUAGGAGUUAAGGGGGCAAAGAUCUUGGGGCUAAACUAUCGACUAAUGAACGUGGAUGCUAGGAGCGCAUGGGGAGUUAUGGGGGAGACGUUUAGAUUGGCGUAUGAAGAUGACAGGAGGAAGGGCAAGUGGCCCUUUAUUUUCAUUGGGACGAUAGGAACAACAUCUUCUGGAGCUAACGACCACAUUGAAGAGAUAGGUCCAAUCAUCUCCGAACUUGACGGUGUCUGGUUACACAUUGAUGCAGCGUGGGCUGGGGUCUCCUUUGCCUGCCCCGAAUUCCGUCGUGCGGGGAAACUCGACGCUAUCAACCGCCAUGCAGAUUCAUUCUGCACAAAUUUCCAUAAAUGGGGAUUGGUUAACAUUGAAUGCUCCGCUUUUUGGGUCCGUGAUCGCAGCGCCCUCAUAUCCGCCCUGGACGUUACGCCUUCAUUCCUUCGUACAGAACAGUACGAUGACGGUGUUGUUGUCGACUAUCGUAACUGGCAACUCUCCCUUGGGCGUCGUUUCCGAUCUAUCAAACUCUGGUUUGUUCUCAGGAACUACGGCGUUCAGGGUUUCAGAAGGCAUAUUCGCAAAGGAGUCAGACUUGCGAAGUUCUUCGCGGAUAGUUUAAUGUCGGGGGAUCCGAAAACCAGGAUAUUCGAGUUAGUGACGCCUAGGGUAUUGGGCUUGGUUGUCUUCAGGCUUGUAAUGCCUCCCGUGACUCCAGACGGGCAGCAAUCGAUCGCGCGAGUGGCCACGAGUGACGCUAGAAACAAUCCAUCAAGUCAUGAAACCCUCAACUCGCUCAACCUAGCGCUUCACCAAUACCUCACGCAUCCUCCCGAUUCCGAUUCUGCCAACACACUCUUCCUCACUCGUACCGAGCUGAACGGAGUUACUUGCUUAAGAAUGGCUAUUGGAGCCGAGGCGACUGCUGAAGCACAUAUCACGAAAGCAGUCAUGAUUUUGGAAAGAUUUGGGAAGAAAAUUUUGACGGAUGCGGGCUACAUCAAAACUUGCGACGUCGGAGGCUCGUUCUCGAUCCUACUAUCUUCAUGUUGCCAUGCUAGAACUAGGAGUCAAGCCAAGGGCCACCAUUCACCUGGAUCUCUGCUCAGAGCGGUCGGAGUCAUUACGCUAUGUUGCCUUUAAGCUAUAGGUACCAGUAAUUUUCAAUAUCCAUACUGGUGAAGACCCAGCCUUUGGCCUAUCCUUUUCCUCAAGAUGAAAAUGCCAGGUGCGAUACCUUCAACCCCAAGUGACAAAUACGACAUAUUCCCGAAUUCUCGCCAACGCACCCCUCCAACGCACCCUUCCAACGGACGCUACCUUGGCGACUGAUAUCACGGCGACCCCGCUAUCACAGCGAACACGACUCGCACCCCUCACGGAGCGUAAUACUUUGCUUGCAACUUUCUACUGUGGAGUGCGACGAAUGGAUCUUCCGGCUCAAGCACCACCUUCAUCAUUCUCGUUACUUCUAGUGACAAUCCAAUAGGUGUGAUCUUGGCUGGACCUUUAACUAUAUCACCCCAUUUUAAACAAUCACCACUCUUACUA